GAGCUGUGCUGCCGAGACCGGUGAGCUAGGUGUGUGGUCGGCGCGCCUGGGCGGUUUCCAGCUCCCUGCUUCACCUCAGGUAAAAGAAAAAAAAUGGAAAGCCUGCCUGAUGCGGCUUCUUUUGCUACUAAACUUAAAAACACUCUCAUCCAGUACCAUAGCAUUGAAGAAGAUAAGUGGCGAAUUGCUAAGAAAAAGAAAGAUGUAACAGUUUGGAGAAAACCCUCAGAAGAAUUUAAUGGAUAUCUCUAUAAAGCCCAAGGUGUUAUAAAUGACAGUGUCAAUAGUAUAAUAGACCAUAUACGCCCAGGACCUUGUCGUGUGGAUUGGGACAGCUUGAUGACUUCACUGGAUAUUUUGGAACAUCUUGAAGAGAAUUGCUGUGUGAUGCGUUAUACUACUGCUGGUCAGCUAUGGAAUAUAAUUUCCCCAAGAGAGUUUGUUGAUUUCUCCUACACUGUGGGCUAUAAAGAUGGGCUUUUAUCUUGUGGGAUAAGUCUUGACUGGAGUGAAAAGAGACCAGAAUUUGUCCGAGGAUAUAACCAUCCCUGUGGUUGGUUUUGUGUUCCACUUAAAGACAAUUCAGACCAGAGUGUUUUGACAGGCUACAUUCAGACAGAUCUGCGUGGGAUAAUUCCUCAGUCUGCAGUAGAUACAGCCAUGGCAAGCACUUUGAUCAACUUCUAUGGUGAUUUACGAAAAGCCUUGUAAAAGUCAUAUGAUGUUCAGACUUGUAAUGCUAUGAUCCUCUGAAUCAACUCUUUCUCAGUUGCAUGGCCUAUAAAAAUCAUUGAUUCUACUCUUCUGCAUACCCUGUAGAAAAAUUUGAGAUGUUUUUGGUUUGGUAGUACAAUGUUUUAUUUUUAUUCCUAAAGUAAAUAUUUAAGAGAGAACAUUCCUGUUUUCUUAGACAGUAACUUGCACAUUGUUUGGUAUGACAGUAUGCCUAGGAAUGGAGAAUAUGAUAGAAGUCCACAAAGUCAGUACAGUUCUUUUGUCCAUACUCCUAAGAAAUUGAGAAGUGCCUCAGUAUGAAUAUUUUGGCUGCUUAGAAGUUAGAGAAAGCACAAGCAUUAUGUUGUUAGGUUAAAAUCAUUUAUUUUAGAGCUUUAUAAAGAUCUUAUAAAAUUUUAAUUUAAAUGUUAGUGCUUUACUUUUAAUAUCUUCUAGAGUUUAUCAAUAUCUUGAACAAAAGAAAAAAGUUCUUUUCUAUAUUUUUUUUAGUAAAGGUAAAAAAUGAAAAGACAAUAAAUACCUACAAUUUUUAUUGAGUUUAUUGGCAAACUCAAUCCUAGUAACAAGAGGUACAAUUCACAUGCAAUUUAGAUAGCAUUCUUUUGUGACUAUCUUUACAAACACAUUUAUGUCUUUAUGUGUAUUUAUUUGGGGACUCUUAAAAGCAUUUAUGCAUGAACAUGAUAGUACAAAAAUCUGCCAAAUGUGUAAUGAAGACAGCAUACAUAUUGAUGGAGCAGUUGUCUAGGUUGUGUGAAAUGGCUGGUGUAGUCUGUAAUCACCAACAGAGAGUCUUAUAGAAAGCCAAAUUCUAUAAAUGUUUUGUACAUAUUUUAGUUUUAAAAGUAUCACUUAAUUUAUAAAACAUUAUAAGCUGCAUUAUAAGUGUUCAUAACUGUGGUGUGACUUCAGUCUGGAACUAGAACAAAUGCAUACCUAGAUUUAUCAAAAUGCCUACCUGUCAUUUUAUAAUGGGUAAAGUUAACAAUAAUUUUAGUUCCUUGAGUGGCUGCCUUGAAUAUUUCUAAAUGAUUUGGGCGCUCUAAGUGAUUCUGUGGCUUUUGUAGUACCGAUGUAGUUUACUUCUAAAAUGAGAACUUGAGGCAUCUCUCAGUGUGUCCAGGUAAAACUUUAUAUGUAUUCAUGUUUGUGUACAUGCGCACAUCUCAAACUGUCUCACUGUUCACAGUUAGUUUAUGUGUUAUUGUUACUGUUUCCAUUGUUUCUUUCUUCUUUCUUUCUUUCUUUUUUUUUGGUUAAUAUGGGGUAAAGUGAGUCCUGGAAGUACUUACGUGCCAAACAGGCCACAAAAUGCACAAAAGUAUAGAGUAGUUCAAGUGCUUGAAGGUUUGAUCUUUGUUUUGCUUUUUUGUAUUUUUCUGAGUAUAAAGAAAGAAUAAAUCAUAGUUCUUUAUAUUCAACUGGAUAAAGUGUAAAAAUGAGCUUUUUUAAAAUUUAUUUUUUUGUUACUGGAGAUGAUAGGUUUCAAAAACAAAAUGUGGUAGCAACACAAUGUUCAUGAUGAAUAAUGUCAUAGUUUUUAGAUUGAAAAAUAAUUUGUUUCAAGAUCUGACAAGUGAUAUAUACAAAGGACUCUGUUCUUAAUUGAAGUCUAUUAAUUAACAAUAUCCUUUUCAAAAUUGAUUAUAACUUUUGAAUUCUCUGCUAAUUUUUCCUUCUAAAAUAGAGAAAGACAAUCCAACAGUUUAGCUUCCAGUUUCCCAUGGAAAUUGUUAAAUAUUAGUUUUAUCUAUUUUCCUUCAUUUGUUUUUAUUAGUAUAGAAUAGGAGGUAUCAUAGUCCAUUAUUCUGUUCAAAAUGGUGACAUUCCAAGGAUGUUCAUCUUGGGUAAGAGAUGUGCAACAAGGCUAUAUACUUUACCACAAGGGUUAUUAUUUCCUGAGCUAAGUGCCCCUAAAAACAAAUAAACUGCCCACUCUUGCUACUCUAGUGUUCUCUAUAUCCUUAUCAAUAUAUAGCUCCAGCAAGUGAUUACAUAAUUCACUGUUGAAUGUGGGCCCACUGGAGGUAAAGUGACCCUCAUGGAAAAAUUUUCAUUGCAAAAGUGAAUCAUAUGAUGAAUUUUUUUUAAAAAUGUGAAUUAUCUGAAAUUUAUGUGCAGCCUUUAGAUGGUACUUUUGAUCUGGGCUCUAGCUAUGUACUUAAAAAAAAAACAACCAGCUUUUCUGAGGUAUAAUUUACAUAACAUACAAUUUACCCAUUUUAAGUGUCUAAUUCAGUGAUUUUUAAAUACAUUUAUAGAGUUGUGCAACCAUCAACACAAUCUGGAUUUAGAAUAUUUCCAUCACUCCAAAAGAUCCCUUUUGUCUUUUUGCAGGCCGAUAUCUAAUCAAAGUUUAUUGCAGUUGCUAAUAUGAAGAAGGUGAUGAAAAGGAGUACAGUAGGUUUUAUUUGGUUUUGUUGUGAAGAGUGGAAGUGUUUGUGAUUCUAAGCUCAGGAAUCUUGUGAUAGUGUGUUAAAUAUGAUCAUUAAAUACCAUAAUGAUAUAAAAAUUUAAUGAUGUGGGUUGGGAUGAAUAUUAACAUAUAAUUGAUUUUACUGCUUACAUAGCAGUGCUAUAGGAUAGAAAAAUAAUGUAAGCCAUGUAUGUGAUUUAAAAUUUCCAAUAGCCAUAUUAAAAAAAAAAAUAGCUGAGGUAAUAUAUUUUAUUUAACGCAAUAUACCCAAAAUGUCUUCAUUUUAACAUGUAAUCAAUAUAAAAAAGUAUUGAAAUAGCUUAUCUUCUUCUUUUGUACUAAUUCUUUAAAACCUGGUGUGCAUUUUACUAAUUUGGACUAGCCACAUUUUAAGUGCUCACCACAUGAAGCCAAAGGCUAACUGGCUUACCACUGGAUAACCCAAUAUGUAUUAAUUUCAUCUUGCUGUAAGAUGAAACAGACAAUUUUGUGGAAUUACUAUCUUAAAUAGAAAUCUUUUCUAGUCUUUAGCGCCUUCAGUAUUUAUUAAAAAGGACAUUUGAACUUCAGAAAUAAAUUAGUUAGUAGUUUUCAAUAAAAUGAAAAUUAUUAUCAAAAAUAUUUUUCUUUGAAAGUUAUUAACUUUUGAUAUAGCAGUUUAUGAAAUGAAAGAAUAUAAUCUGCAUUGUGAUUGUAUGGUUAUUUUCUGUAGUUGAUAGGUGAUAUGUCUUUGAAAUGUGUGUAUGAGCCAGGCUCGGUGGCUCAGC